UGUGAAUGGCCGCCCAGCAGUGUCUGCUCAUUUUAGUUGACAAGAACGUGUCAGGGUGGAGUCGCGGAGAGGCUUGUAGAGUUUCGAUUCGUAUUCACCGAGCACAUUUUUACAGCGUUAAAGUUGCUGAGGAUGGCCGUUCAGUGUGUGUCAAAAGUCGAGCUCUCCAUUUCUUGCAAUAAUCUGCUGGAUAAAGAUGUUGGAUCCAAGUCUGAUCCACUCUGUGUUCUGCUGCAAAGUGUUGGGGAGGAUCAAUGGGCAGAGGUGGACCGCACAGAGAGGGUGAAGAAUUGCCAGGACCCUGAUUUCUCCAAAAAACUUCAUCUUGACUACCACUUUGAGAAGGUGCAGAAACUAAAGUUUGGCAUCUAUGACAUUGACAACAAGUCUGUUGAUCUCAAAGAUGAUGACUUCCUGGGAGGCUUUGAAUGUUCCCUUGGCCAGAUUGUGUCAAGUAGGAAGCUCACCAGACCCCUUCAGCUCAAAGCAGCAAAACCAGCCGGCAAAGGCACAAUAACGAUCACAGCUGAGGAAGUGAAGGACAACAGGGCUAUUGUGCUGGAAAUGGAAGCCAAAAACUUGGAUAAGAAGGAUAUGUUUGGGAAAUCGGAUCCAUUCCUGGAGUUUUUUAAGCAGGAAGAAGAUGGGAAAUGGCAGCUAGUGUACAGGACAGAGGUCGUCAAGAAUAAUUUGAAUCCAUCUUGGAAAAAGUUCACAGUCUCCUUGCAUACAUUCUGCAACGGCGACCUAAACAAACCAAUCAAGGUUCAAUGUUUUGAUUAUGAUAGCGAUGGCUCUCAUGAUCUCAUUGGUGUGUUUCAAACUAAUGUGUCUGAUAUGCAGAAAGCAGUUCAUGGCUCUCCGGUUGAGAUUGACUGCAUUCAUCCAGACAAGCAAAAGAAGAAAAAGAAUUAUAAGAACUCUGGAGUCGUCAGGAUUAAAAAUUGCAAGCUGGAGGCACAGUAUUCAUUUUUGGAUUAUGUGAUGGGAGGUUGCCAAAUUAACUUCACGGUGGGCAUUGACUUCACUGGCUCUAAUGGGGACCCCCGCUCUCCUGACUCUCUGCACUUUCUCAGUCCUAAUGGAGUGAACCAGUAUCUGUCAGCCAUCUGGUCUGUUGGUCAGGUAAUUCAAGACUAUGACAGUGAUAAACUUUUCCCAGCCUUUGGAUUUGGUGCCCAAGUGCCUCCAGACUUCAAGGUAUCCCAUGAGUUUGCAUUGAACUUCAAUCCCAGUAGCCCUUAUUGUCAAGGAGUACAGGGCAUUGUGGAAGCGUACCGUGCAGCUUUGCCCCAGGUCCGUCUCUAUGGUCCCACAAACUUCUCCCCAAUUAUCAAUCAUGUGGCCCACAUUGCAGCCGGAGCAGCCCAGCAACCAAAUGCAGCUCAAUACUUUGUGCUGUUGAUCAUCACUGAUGGAGAAAUCACUGAUAUGGACCAGACCAGACAAGCCAUUGUGAACAGCUCCAAACUGCCUAUGUCCAUAAUCAUAGUGGGUGUGGGAGAGGCAGACUUUAAGGCCAUGGAGGUUUUGGAUGGGGACAAUGGAGUUCUCAAAUCUUUGUCUGGUGAACCUGUGGCCAGAGAUAUUGUACAGUUUGUGCCCUUUAAACAGUUUGCCAAUGCACCCAAAGAAGCUCUGGCUCAGAGUGUUCUGGCUGAAGUGCCAAGUCAGCUUGUGUCAUACUUUAAAAUGAGAAACCUGGGUCCAGUUAACCCACCCGCGCCAACCAAAUAGACACAAGUUUGGCAAUAGGAGAUAUCUAAAUAAUAUACAAAUAGGUAUAGAGUUAGUUAGAAUUACUAUGGACCACCACUAGAGGGAGUCUUCAGUAGGAAUGUUGAGCUGUUGCAGACCACUUGUUUUCCUCUUUACAUUUUGCUUUAUAUAUAUAUAUAUAUAUAUAUAUAUACUCUUUUAUAUAUUACUUCAUUAUUUCUUUACAGUCUUUGUAAAUCGUAUUCCUUUUGUCAUCCAUAAUGGAUGUCAUUCAUCAUUUUGCGUAAUUGAACUGUUUUCUUCCAUCUGAAAAUGAGUUUAUAUUACUGUUCUUCUUAAUAGAUAUAUUUUUUCUGUAUGGUUACGUAUAGUUUUUAUAUUUUUGUUUAUGAUAGAGGUGCCUUUAUUACCCUUAACUGUAGAUUUGCAAUCACUUUUAGCCUUUUGUGAUGCAUCAUGGCACUUGCACAGCUUUUUUAUGAAAUGAUAUGCGAUAUAAAUCUAAAAUGCUGGUAUAUGCUUGGCUCUUUCUGCUGUACAGUAGUUAUGAGAUUUGAGUAUAUGACUUAACAAUCUCAGACCAUAUUCUGUCAUAGAUUUACAUGCUGCAUUAAAAUAUUAGCUAGAAACUAACCAAAGACAGCAAUGCACAUCUUAAGCAAACUGGAUAUUUUGGUGAAAGAGAAAAUGUCACUGAAAAUAUUAAUGUUGUUGCUUAUUGGUGUGUAUAUUAAGACUGCGCGCUAUGCCUAUUACUACUUGGUAUUAACUUUAUUUUGUAGUGCCAAGGACUAAGAAAUUAAGUAGAAUAGUGAAUAUGCAUACUGUGCAACAGUAAAAAUGGCAUGUUUAUUUUGGGACUAUAGAACUACCAAAUCAAGUAAUUUUUUGCCUUGCAAUAAUUUCUAAAAUGUUUUGGCAGUAAAUGUCCACUGUGCCAACAUGUAUUUGAAUUAUAAUAGUUGUUUGAAUUGAUCUAACAUAAAUUUCUACACGUUAAUUGCACAGCACAGUACCAUAAAACUGCACUUUUUUCUCUACAGUGCUAUAAAAUGAUGUUAUUGAUAUUAACUAAUUGUAUAUUAUACAAUCAUGCCUAUACGCUUGAACUUGCCAUAUGAAGCCUUUUAAAAUCAUUAUCUUGUUUUAAAAAUCCUGUAUUUUAUAUUGAUUUGAAGAGAUCUUGAAUGUUACGAUAUUCCUGUUUUCUUUCUCAUUCUGUUGUUUUUCCUCUUAUAUGAGUCAUGAUUGAUUGACGCUUACUUUAGACAGCAACAUGUUACGCAUUUCAAUUGCACUGCUUUUUUAACCACCAUGAAGACAUUCUCAAUAAAAUUGCCUUUUUAAAACAUUAUCUCUAAGUGUUUGGAAUGAAAGCAUGUGCCGUCUGUCAUACAGUAAUCAAUGUGAAGUCAUAAUAAAGUGGAAUUUUUAUUAUUUGGA